UGCUUGGCAAUACAGAGUUCUCUGAAGUUAAAGUAGUUUUUAAUGAUUUAUUUUACUAAUAAACACCUUUUUAUAUUGUAAUUUAAUUAUAACGUGACACAAUGGAACUAAAAAAAUCAACAGCUAUAAAAUUAUCAUUAGCAGUGUACAUUGCUCUGACUCUGGUAUUUCUUAUUGUUGGAAUCAUUCAGAUCAGCAGACCUGGGCAAGGAACAAAAACAAAUAUAAAGAGAUUGCCUAUUAAUUAUACUAAUUGUACAAACAAUAGAAAUAACAAACAAACAUGCAUACAAUAUCUUAUGGAAAAUAUAAAUGGAGACUGUAAAUGUGAUAUUCAUUUCAAAUUAAACGAGGACUUUAGAGGAAAUGUUACUAUUUAUUAUGAAUUAGACGAAUAUAAAAAGAUAUUUGGACCAUUAUUUAACUCCAGUGACCCCUCUCAAUGGUCAGGGAUGUUAUCAAUGCCACCCUCAGAUAUGUGUCAACCGUAUCAAUAUGCUAACACUUCGGAAGGAUCAAAGCCGAUCGUGCCAUGUGGGGCACUAGCUGAUGCUAUUUUUAAUGAUACAUAUAGUUUAUUUAAUACAAAGAUGCAAAUACAAAUGGAUGAAGUGGGGCUUAUUUCUGAUGCUGAAAGAAAAAAAUACAAAAACCCAGUCAACAUCAAGGAAGUGAAUAACUUUACAAAACCGUUAAACUGGCCGAUGAGUAUUUGGGAUAUUGGUGAGGGAAAUUUUACAGGAUUUUUGAAUGACAAGUUCAUUAUCUGGAUGAAUACGAAUUUACACCCAAAGCCGGUUGCUAAAGUCCGUAAGAUGUCGGGAUUUGAAAAUGGUUUGCCAAAAGACGAUUAUUAUUUCAAAUUUUUUUACAAUUACCCUCCAUCUAGAUACAAUGGUACUAGGACAUUGAUAUUGGAAGCUGUGGAAUUUGCGCCCUACGAAAGAUCUAGGACUUCAGGCUGGGUUCUUUUGAGUCUUGGACUUAUUUUGAUACUGUUGGGAAUUAUUGCCUACGUUGGCAGGAAAGGACAUUUCUUUGAUAUAAAUAAUAUCGCCAGUGAUUUACCAUUUUUGAAGAGAAAAACUAAUAAAAACCAACCUAAAGAGAGUCCUCCAGAAGAAGAGACGUCUUUGGAAAGAGAAGAGACAAAUAAAAAUGAUAUUUAAAUUUAAAAAAAACAUCUCAAAAGUCCACUGCAGAUACACUUUUUGAUACAGUAAAUGGUCACUAGAAUUCGCCAAUAUGGCGAAAUGACUGCCCAUAGAUAUGCUCAAUUACAGAUGUAUAUGAUAUAAAAGGGGACGCACAUAAAUUUCCCCUUCCAAUGCACCUUCUCUUCCAAAUUUACUUCCCCUUUUCUAAACGUUACAAGAAAUUAUUGAAAA